AUGGCAGAUAAGCUUUGUUUGAUGGCUUCUCAUGGCUACCCUCACGGCCUUGUUUUACAGCAAGAGCAGGGAAUAGUCAAGGAUUUUCAACCCCUUCUGCCGAGUUAUGGAGCAAAGCAGGAAAUCACAAAACUGGGAUCUUUGAAAUUGAUGCCGCAGCAAUGUGAGGAGCCAUGGAAACUCGCCAAUGGAUUGCCAGAGGCCAACUGGUUUGCCAAGACCGAAAGGCCUGUACUCACUGAGAUGCAAAAUGUUCAUCCAGACUCAGUGCUGUUCAGUAUUGGAAUUGCUGAACACUUCAUAAGACGUGAAAAAAUGUUGCAGUUCCUCAAGUCUGGAGAAACUGAAGCAGAGAAAGGCGGACUAGAUAUAACCGUACUAUAUAACUUGAUGGGGCUACAUGAAAUGAGCCAACAAGCAUUCAUUCCUUCUCUUAUCUACCCAAGUAGUGAGUUUAAUACCCAGAAGCCUCUCUUGGACUUUGUGGGAGGUCUUGCCUGGAGUUCCAAAAUUGCAGUUCAGCCAGAUGGUCGAGUCUUAUUCACAGGUACAGGGACUGAGAUGGAGCAUCUCCUUUCAGUUGUUGCUGAGUUUUACUCAUUGAGAAACUCAGUUUGUUGGAAAAAGCAGUCUCUGCUGGUUCCGCACUUCAAUAGGGUGGAGAGCAGGGAAGCAGGAGCUAAUAUUGAUGGAACUUUUUUGAAGAUGCAAGUGACUACCCUUGCUCCUUUAAAGAGUCCGGAAAAAGUCAAAAAAAGGGCAACACAAAAGCAGAAGAGUGGGAAAAGAGUAGGCAAAGAUAGAGAUCUCUACAAGAGGAACUAUUUCCACGCCUGUGAGAGCCUUCUAUCUUUAAUGAUUAACAGAAGGCGGCAUGGGAAAUCAGCAAUUCUCUCACUUCAAAGAUCUGGCCCUGAGGUUCCAGAGCUCCUCACCCAGUUUUCUGCUAGUAUUGCUGGAACCGGCUUAGCUCUCCUAUUCUCUGUCCUCUGUAAAGUAAGUUGUGGGAGGGGGCCCUUUUGUGCGUCCAAACUCUUGAAUACUGGAGUUGCAAUUGGGUUAGUUUGGCUCUCUUGGGCAGUGAACAAGCUGAGGGACACAAUUAUUCAUAUCAGCAAGAAUUCAAAGAAGUUGGAUCUAAAAGAAGAGGAAAUAAUGGAAAGGGUAGAGGGAAGUGUGAAAGAGAUUUACUUUAGAGCUGCAACACUGAUGGCAGUGGCCGUGUUGAGGCUUGCUUGA